AUGGCCCAGCAAAAUAUGAAAGUGCGGCCUGUGCUUCUAAAGCGUAACAGCCUAGAGUCAGUGGAGUUCGUGAAACAACCUCACCAUCGCAGGAGCAAAUCUCAGCAGGUACGUUUCAAGGAAGAUGGGACCAGUAAGACUCCACCUGGCCUAGCUGAGGUUGACAUCCAAGCAUCUGAGGACCCAGCUGUGAUGGGCAAGGCUCAGGCCCCCAGGCACCAUCACCUCCCCACCUACUCACUCUCCUUCCCCAGGUCCCAGAAGGCAGGGGACUUUCGGAACAUUGCGAUCCAAACCUCCCCCAGUCUCAGGAAGCAUUUCCCAGUUUUCAAAAGGAAGAGACUCACAUCCAGCAAGUCCCUGGUAGAAAUGCCAACAGCAUCCCAAAGUGCCAUCCAGGUCAACGGCAACCUCUCAGAACAGGACAUUGUAUCCUCAGAACUUGCCUACUUAAGGUUGGCUCAGCAUUUUGAGGAUGGGCCUCAAAGAGUCAAAGUAUCCCACCCAUUCCCUCCUGGAAUGUCCAAGGUGCAAAGCAAUGGGCCUAUUAGUGUAUGCUUGGAAGCAGGGACUUGGAGGCCCUCAGAGAAAGCAACUGCUACCAUUCAGGUCCCAGAUGAUAUUUACCACAGUCCUACCUGGGCAGCUAGAAAGUCCGCUCUCAGCCCAGACAGGUCAGGUGACAAAAGCAACUCCGUCCAUCCUCUGGUUGACCCGUGUCCAGGUGAUGGGAGAACAGUGCCACUAUCAGGUUCAGAAAGAUCCCCUUCCUGCUUAGAUGCCACCAGCGAUGCCAACCACAUGCCAGGCACAGGGAAACUUAAACCUGAAUUGCUCUUGCCCAAAGACAACUCUGAUGACAAAGACCUUGGCCCACUGUCACCUCGGUCAAAGGAAACAUGUAUUUCGUCACCUCCACGGACUCACAGCUCUCCCUCACCAGGCUUCCACAGCCAGCCCGCCCAUUCAGGAGGGGCUUCAGACUGUUCUUCAUUGAGUAACAAUCACCAGGAUCUACUGUCUCUCAAAUCUAACAGCGUGUCAAUUUCUGCCCCCAUGUGUCGGGAGCAGAUGGCAAAGAACCCCACCCAGUCAGACACCAUGGAGUUUCAAAACUGUUCAGGAAGCAAUCACCUCCCAUCUCCUCUUCCAAGAAGGGAGACCAAACUUCAGAACCAUGGAGAGACUGGUGGGAUUAAUCCAAUUCACCUGGCACAGGGGGAACUCUGUGAUCUCCAAGGCAGGCUGCAAUCCGUGGAGGAAUCUCUGCACUCGAACCAAGAGAAAAUUAAAGUCCUUUUGAAUGUAAUUCAAGAUUUGGAGAAAGCUCGAGCUCUCACAGAAGGGCGCAACUUUUAUCGAACUGGUCAAGAUCUCAACAAUUGCAGUACCUGCCAGAACACGGCGUGCAUCAUAUACAGCGUAGAAUAUGAUUUUCGGCAGCAGGAAGGCAGGUUCCAUGAAGUUCUACAGAGUCUGGAGGAAGCAGAACCAGUGGAGGAGACAUUUCCCCCACCAAAGUCCCCAGCAGAAACCCCAGUCCCUGAGAAACAGGACUUAAGGAGGAAAACCAAGAAAGUGAAGAAGAAAUGCUUCUGGUGGAUCUGA